AUGCAGGGACCGAUACUCCGACCGCUAUUGAGAGCCUCGUACAGCUCAAACCCCCUCCGCAGGGCGAUAUGUACUGCUCAAGCCGUGGGAUGUAGUCAUUGGAUACAUCAUCGAAACUACAGUAUCUCAACUGAUUGCAAGCAGAAAGACACUGUAAAUAUACCAGACGAUCUAUUUGGGGAUGAUGAUCCACAACCACAACCAGUGCAGAGAGAUGAGAGAUCAGAGAAGCUAGAGGAAGGGCUUGAGCUGGAAAUAGGAGAGAUAUCGGAUAACGGUUCCUUGCCUGCAUUCAAAGAUCAGGUAUUACAUCGACCGAAAUUACCUGGAUCGAUAAAACGUCUCAAUAGGAUAUUAUCACGUCAGAGGAAAUUAGAGAUACCCGAAUCUGAUUUAGAUGAAAAGUUUGUCAAGGGGAGAGGACCAGGUGGUCAAGCUAUAAAUAAAACGAAUUCAUCAGUUUCAUUGACUCACAUACCUACAGGUAUAAGAGUUCAAGCUCAACCCACUAGAUCAAGAGAAGAGAAUCGUAAAGCUGCCAGAAGGAUCUUAGCUGAAAAAUUAGACAUGUUAAGAUCUUUAGGUCAAUUACCAGGAUAUGAGAAUGAACAAUCCAAAAAUAUUCAAUUAGAAUCCCUUCUGAUACCGAUAUCGAAAGCGGAACAAAGGGAAGAAGGAGAGGGAGAGGGAGAGGGAAAGAAGAAAGGUAAAAAAGCAUUACAAAAAGAAGAAGAACAGAAGUUGAGUGGAACAUAUACAAAAGCUGAGAUUAAAGCAGAAAAAGAAAGGAGAAGGAAAAGUAAUAGAGCCAAAAAAGCAAAGAAAAAAUAUGGUAAAAAAGGGGAGAUCGAGAAUGACGAUACGAUAGAACGUGAAAUCGAAAUCGACGAAACAUCUCAGAAUCCAUAG